ACUUCCCUUUUUCCUUUCGGCUCAGCACGCAUGGUCGCUACACUCCUGUCAGUCCUCUCAGUCUUUGCCAACAAAAUGACUGAUCCAAGAGCCGAGCGUACUUUCAUUGCUGUCAAGCCUGAUGGCGUCCAAAGGGGACUUAUUGGUGAAAUCGUCAAGCGAUUUGAACAGAGAGGCUACAAGCUGGUGGCAGGAAAGUUGAUGUGGGCUCCCAAGGAUCUGUUGAGGAAUCACUACAAAGACCUGUCGGACAAGCCAUUCUUCCCCGGCCUUGUUGAGUACAUGAGCUCAGGACCUGUGUUUGCAAUGGUGUGGGAAGGCAAAGAGGUUGUCAAAAUGGGCAGGAAAAUGCUGGGUGCGACCAACCCUCUUGCCUCUGAGCCAGGCACCAUCCGUGGUGACUACUGUAUCGAUGUCGGACGCAACAUUUGCCAUGGCAGUGACGCGGUGGAGACUGCCCAGCGGGAGAUUGCCUUGUGGUUCAAGCCAGAAGAACUCAGCGACUACGAAUUUGCCAGCAAGCCUUGGAUCUACGAAUAAAUAUUUCUUCAAUAAAUAACCCGUACACCAAUUC